UCAGCGGGGACCGCUGUUUUCCAGCAGCGCCAGUCCCAGAAUAUGGCCAAUAAUGUUGCUGAGGGGCGGGGAGCAGCGCGCUGUCUGCAGACCCAGUGAGUCUGACAGUCUGGCGGGGUGCCGAGGAGAGGCAGCAGGCAGCGGUGGCAGAGAUGGGCUCACACCUCUGAAUCACAACACAACCUCCAGUCAAGCAUCUCGGAGACCUGGGGCGACUAGUUUUUUGGAGGGGUUUUUUGCUUGUGGCGCUCAUAAAGACUGGUGGACUGAAGCUACCAAAAAGCAGGAGCGGGAAGGUUUACAGUUGCAUUCCGACGCUCUGUACUCCUGUUGUCUCACCUGCACGGCCGGUGAAGAGAUCCGCUGUGAUAAUAAUGCAUCCAGAUAAGCACUUACCUGAACUGGUGGCCGAGAAAAACAGCUUGGACCCCUCCUUUGUGCAUGCGGUGCGCUUGCUUGCAGAAGAGAUUGAAAAGUAUGACGGUGAUGAAUUGAAAAAAGAUGGUGACAUGAAGAAAUACCUAGAUAUCAUCAGCAAUAAAAAUAUCAAGCUCUCCGAAAGAGUUCUCAUUCCAAUCCAACAGUAUCCAAAGUUUAAUUUUGUCGGGAAGCUGCUGGGACCACGGGGAAAUUCCAUGAAACGAUUACAAGAGGAAACGGGAGUGAAGAUGUCCAUCCUCGGCAAAGGGUCCAUGAGGGAUAAAGGCAAGGAAGAAGAAUUAAGGAAAAGUGGGGAAGCCAAAUACGCCCAUCUGAGUAAUGAUCUUCACGUUUUAAUUGAAGUCUUUGCUCCACCUGGAGAGGCCUAUUCCCGCAUGAGUCACGCCUUGGAGGAGAUUAAAAAAUUCCUAGUUCCAGACUACAAUGACGAGAUCAGACAGGAGCAACUGAGAGAGCUCUCCCUGUUGAACGGCUCUGACGAGUCGAGCAGAGGGAGGAGUGCGCAAGGGAGGAGUGUACGACCAGCAACCACAAUAUCCACGAGGGGCCACAGAGGCACAGGAAGGAGUGCAGCAGCAUCGCGGGGGGCAUCGGCAGCCACACACAGCAAACUUCCCACGACUGUUUUAACGAGGGAGGUACAAGCUCCAAGAGCCAGGGGGGCAGCGGGGAGUGCUGGAUACAGGCCCCCGCUGUUAGCAGUCACACAUGAGUCAUACGACGACUAUGGCUACGACGAUGGGUAUGGUGGAGAAUAUGAUGAUGAGAGUUACGAAGCCUAUGAGGAUAACUACAGCAAUCAGUCAAAGAGCAUUUCAGAAUAUUAUGAAUAUGGACAUGGAACCAGUGAUGAAUCCUACAACAACUAUGAGGAGGAGUGGACGACUACCCGUCCCAGUCUCAAAGCCCCAAUUUUACGGCUGACAAGAGGGGGGUACAGAAAACAUCCCUAUGGCAGAUACUGAAGGUGCUCCAGAUAUGUGACCUGCAAUUUCAAACUAUAUAUUUUUUUAAUUCUGCAUAAAAUGUUGUAACAUUUGCCUUUUUGUUCGUCUCCUUCAGAAAUUGAAAUAAAAAAUAAUAAACCGAUUAAGGUUGUUUAAUUGGCUGUUUAAAUGCCCUUCAUGCCACCCCUAUCCGCCCCAAACAAAUGGUAGUUAUCUCAGAUUUUUUACAUUAAACUGCAUAUUUUUUCUUAUAAAUUAUGUCUCUGAUUUUGACAACUUAGUUUCCAUUUACUGCCUUUAAUGCAGUGAUUAUCAAGGUUUACUAGCCAACCCCUGUAAUUCCAGGAAAAAACUAUAUAAUAUUUUUGCCUUUUGAGAUGCUCUCUGUGUCGGAUUAGGCAAUCAUAGAGUCAUAGUUUCUUGCCGUGACUUGACCAAGAGACAUGGAGACUGUAUGUUGACCAAUCAUAGCUGUGCUGUACAUCGGCGAUUUCACUGUUUCACUUGACAGCACUAACAGCUGACAGUUUUUCCUAAUUUUUCAUAGUAUAAGAAAACAACGCACAAACCUGGCUCAUUGUGGGUCACCCAAAAUUACUUUACAGGCAGGGUGAGUCGUUAACCACUUCAAAUUUAAAAUGUAUCUUUUUUCAAACUCCACCACCUUUCUCCGCAGUUCACUGAACAGUCUGGCGGUGGGCUCAGUCUGGUUUAAGUGGAUCUUUGCCAGACUAACACCUUAGCAAAAGCCUUGUGAGAUUUCGACUGGCUUCUUCAAGACAAGGCUUUUUCCACAAAUGUAUUCAUUAUUUGGCUUAGUAAAAAUAAAUUAAGGGUGGUUUUGUGGUUACUUUGUCUCUUGAAGCUUCUGCAGAUUAGUGUUGGUCUGCAGAAGCUCCAGCUCUGUUUAAUUCCAAUUGUGGCUUUAACUGGUUGCAUGAUUUGCAAACAUCAUUAUUAUGGUAACAGGCAGAGAACCACAUACUGCUCUGAACACAAAUGACCUGAUAAACUCCAUUAAAGGCAACAGAUGGAAACCAAACCUUUUUCCAGAAUUGAAGACCUCGAUGCAAAGUCUAAAUGACCUGGACAUUUCUUGUAAAAAUGUUUAAUGUUCAGAAAUCUAAAUAAGUCCUCAAGUUUCCCCAUAACUGAUUGCUAUAUGAAACUCUGAUGACUUCAUGGUAAAAGUUCAUGGAGUUGAUACCACAGACUAAAGUUAGCCUAAGUUAUAUUGUGAUUUUAAAUGAUAUAAGAUGUGAGAUCGUAAUCGUGCAAAACACAUUUUGUUGUUUGGGUUGAAAGCAAUCAGCAAUAUACAGUGUGAUUUAUAAUGCGUGCUUUGUUCUUUGUGUAAUCUGUAUUUGUACAUAAAGCAUUUAAUAAAAACAACAUAAACAUCAA